AUGGCCGAAAUUAAUUUACAAGAAGCUAUUUCAAAUGCCAGAUUAGAGGCACAACAAUUGAAGGAAAAAAUCAACGCACAGAGAAAAGUUAUUAAUGAUGUGAACAUGAAGGAUUUGGAUGUUGCUGAAAUUUCACCUCUCAAAUUAAAGGAACGAAGAGUGUUUAAAGGACACUCAUCUAAAGUUGCUAGUUUAGCUUGGUCAAAGGACUCGAAGACAAUUUUGACUGCCGGCCAAGAUAGAAUGUUAAUUUUAUGGGAUGCUGUGACAACAUAUAAAUUGAGUGCUAUUCCUCUACAAGCUCGUGGUAUUAUGUGUUGCGAUUAUAGUACGAGUGGAAAUUAUGUUUGUGUUGGUGGUUUGGAUAACAUUUGUUCAGUUUUUUCCCUUUCUGCUGUUACUCAACAAUUACAAAACUCAUCCAAUGAAUACAAGCCAUUCAGGCAACUAGUAGGACAUACAGGCUAUUUGAGCUCUUGCAAAUUUAUUAGUGAUCGUCACAUAUUAACUAGUUCUGGAGAUCAAAGUUGUAUUUUCUGGGAUGUUGAAAUGACUCACGCGGUGUCACAUUUCCAAGAACAUACUGGUGAUUGUAUGGCUGUUUCUGUUUCUCCUAUUGAACAAAAUGUAUUUGUUAGUGGAAGUUGUGAUGGUAGUUCAAAGUUGUGGGAUGUACGUAUGAAUAAGUGUGUUGCCACAUUCACUGGUCAUGAAGGUGAUAUCAAUUCAGUUCAAUUUUUCCCUAAUGGAAAUGCCUUUGCCACUGGUUCUGAUGAUUGUACUUGUAGAUUGUUCGACCUUCGUGCUUCACGUGAGGUUAUGACCUAUUCAGAUGAUAAUGUCAGAGAAGGUGUCACUAGUAUUAGUUUCAGCAAAUCUGGACGUGUUUUAUUUGCUGCCUAUGAAGAUAAGAAAGUUAUUGCUUGGGAUUCAUUGAAAGGAACCAUUUUACAAACUUUGGAUGGCCUUCCAAAUGGUCACGAUAAUCGUGUCAGUUGUUUGGCAGUUUCUCCUGAUGGACACGCUCUUGCCACAGGUUCAUGGGACAUGACCAUGAAGAUAUUUGCUUAAAUUAUUUAAAGCCAACACAUAUCUUUCAGAAGUCAGUCAUUUUCUCGAUCAUCAUUUUCAAUUCCCAUCCUUAUAUUCUCCUCAGUUUUCCCCUUUUCAACUCCAUUAAUAAAAACCAUCUUAAUUUAUUCUU